UAUGUGUCCACAAUAUACCACAGGCGAAUAGUGCUACUCGUAUUUUGUUUUGCAAUGAAUACGCAAUAAACGACUGGCGAAUAGUGGUUCUCGUAUUUUGCAUUGCAAUUAAUAACUGCGUAGAAUUUUUCCGUGAUCUGGAAUGGAAUGCGUUUUGUGAUAAGCUGCGAAGGGAUGCUACGCUAGUUUGCUAAUCAACUGCUGUAAUGUUCGAAAUCGAAUGUGUGAAAUCGAUCAGCAAAGUGCAUGCGAAUCCGGAAUAUGUGCCUCUGCGAUAAGAACGACUUUACUUAGGCGAUCACGCUCUCAACUAUUUGUGUUUAUAAUGUGUUCAGUCGGAUGCAUCUAUAUGUUCUGGUUUUUAAUGGUACCGUUCCAUAUUUUGGGUAGCUAUGUUAGCCCAAGGUCUCGUACAGCGUGGAAAGCAUCGACGACAGCACGUCAUGCAGAAAUACAGUAUAACACUAAGUAUUUACGUACACAUAAUGACAGGAUAAUAUUAGAAAAUACCAGCUUGUUAGCGGAAGCACCAAGGAUACAUAUUACUGAAACAGGAAACAAAACUGAAACUAAACGCCUACCCAUAGCUCUUAUAAUAGGCGUCAAGAAGGGCGGCACGAGAGCGGUCUUGGAGUACCUCCGCCUCCAUCCGGAUAUCGUUGCACCGGGCCCCGAACCCCAUUUCUUCGACACACAUUACACGAAGGGAUUCGAGUGGUACAGGAAUCUCAUGCCAGAAACUGAGGAAGGUCAAUUGACAAUCGAGAAGACACCGUCCUAUUUUGUGACCAAAGGAAUACCUCAGAAAGUGUACGAAAUGUCCAAGAAAACUAAACUGAUAGUGGUCUUACGGGAUCCGGUAAUGCGCGCUAUCUCGGACUACGCGCAGAUCGCGGCUAGAAACCCGGAGGUGAAGCCUUUCUCGGAAAUAGUGUUCGAAAACUAUGAUUCUUACACCGUGGAUACCAGGAGGGCAAUUGUGAAGGUGGGCGUGUACGCCUUACACCUGACGCGCUGGCUCGAAUAUUUUACUCUCAAUCAGAUACAUAUAGUAAAUGGCGAGAACCUCAUCCGGGAUCCGGCCUCGGAGUUACGGGACCUUCAAACGUUUAUAGGGGUUAAACCGCACAUCACAGGGGAACAUUUCACGUUCAACAUCACAAAGGGAUUCCCGUGCUACAGGAGAAAUACUUCACAGCAAUCGUGGCACUGUCUGAGUGAUGAUAAAGGCCGACCGCAUCCGAAUGUAUCCAGCCUUGUCCGCAGUAAACUGGCGAACUUCUAUCGCCCCUUUAACCACCGCCUUUAUUUAAUGACUGGGAAACACUUCGACUGGACAUAAAGCAUGCAUGAACACUAUUCUUUUGUUUACUACCUGGCAGCUAAUUGUCCAGGAAGAAACAGAAGUACUCCUGUUUCUUCAAUCACUUUUGAAGAGCAAUAAUUACACUUAUAAAUGUAGUCUACUUUGAUAUAUUUACCUCGACGUUCUCGCAGGUUGGGUGCUUCAGUAAACCUUACACAACGUGCGGAACUUAAGAACAUAUAUCAUGUAUAGUGCAGGGGGAUGGGCUAAAAAAACUACACACAUUUCUUUAAAGUGUUUCUUUAUUAUUUAACUAACUGUUUCUUUUAAUCUAGACUUUGAUGUGGUUCACUCGACUCGUUUUAUAAACAAGUAUUUUCCGUAUAUAGCAUAAUCAAACCUCUUCACGAAGAAUCUUACCCGGACAGUCAAUGGUAUGGUGGAUGGUGCUGAAUACAUGUAUCCACAUACUCGUGUACAUCAAAAGUUUCCGAAAUGUAGCUUACUUCGAGUUAAGUAUGCACAUGAUCAUUCAUCGAAAUAAAUACAGUAAUGUAGCAUUGACAACGCUUUUCAUUCUAAUAAAAUUUGGAAAAUACAUGUAUAUACAUUUAUCCCUAUUAUAUUCCGUUAAAAAUACGCUCUUAAUUUCAAACAUCUGAAUGGCAA